UCCGCCUCCUACUCUGCACUGGAAAAGAGAGACAAUUCCAGAGACCCGAAAAUGAGUAGUAGAACUUUCAAGUUUCCCGCGAAGGCAAAGACCGCUCUGUAUCUCAUAACAGGCACUGGCACAGCCACAGGCCUUGCCUUCAAUGUCUCUAACCCUAAUUCCCUCUCACUUUCACACGAUUCUUUAUUCGGUUCCUCUAAUUUACCUGAGAAAAUUCGGACUGUCUUCCAUGGCGUCCUCCGCUCGUCUCGUGCAAUCUCCACCAUUGCUUGCACUGUUGUCGACUACAAGUAUUCUUUACAUGGGCUGCCGGUGGACUCUGACGAGUACCUUCGCAAAUUGAAUGAGGUCCAUUUACGCUCGGCCAAGAGAAUGCUGAAACUAUGUGAAGCAAAUAAAGGUUUUUAUGUCAAAGCUGGCCAGUUUGUUGCUGCCAUGCGGCAGGUCCCAAAAGAAUACUCAUCAACUCUUUCUUCAUUGCAGGAUCAGGCAGUUCCUUGUCAUUUCAAAGCUAUAAAGCAAGUACUAAUCAGCAAUCUGGGACAUGAUUUGUCUGAGAUAUUUUUGUCAUUUGAUGAACAACCGAUAGCUGCUGCAUCUAUUGCUCAAGUGCACCGUGGGAUAUUGAAAGAUCACCAAGAAGUAGCAGUUAAGGUGCAAUACCCCGGGUUAGAGCAACAGAUGAAACUGGACACGAGUACCAUGUCUUUCAUUUCGAAAUACAUUGCAUGGUUAUUCCCCGAUUACAGGUUUGAGUGGCUGGUAACAGAAUUUGCGGAAACUAUUUCUUCAGAACUUGACUUCAUUCAGGAAGCUAAAAAUUCUGAGAGAACUGCUAGAAACUUCAAAAACAAUGACUUUGUCAAGGUUCCUAGAGUAUUUUGGGAGUUUACGACAAGCCAGGUUCUGACGAUGGAGUUUUGUAGGGGUCACAAGGUUGAUGACGUGGAAUUUCUAAAAGAAAUGGGAAUCAAUCCAACAAAGGUUGCAAAAGCACUGGUGGAAGUAUUCGCUGAAAUGAUAUUUAUCCAUGGUUUCCUGCAUGGAGAUCCACAUCCUGGUAAUAUAUUAGUUUCUCCAGAAGGUCGGAAUGGCUUUACUUUGGUUCUUUUAGAUCAUGGAAUCUACAAACAACUAGAUGAAGGAUUUAGACUAGACUACUGUGAGCUUUGGAAGGCUUUAAUUCUUCUGGAUCCAAAUAAAAUACAACAACUAGGUGAACACUUUGGUGUUGGAAAGUACGCUAAAUACUUCCCUCUCAUUUUCACUGGAAGAACUAUUGAUAGUAAAUCAGCCCUUGGGAGGGGAAUGUCCGGUGAAGAGAAAAAGAAUUUAAAGCAGGAGUUGAAGUAUCUGAAGAUGGAGGACAUAUCUUCAUUUAUGGAAUCUCUGCCUCCAGACUUUUGCAGAAUAUUGCGAACAGAUGGGCUACUGAGGUCUGUCAUUAGCAAGCUGGGUGCUUCACAACGGGUUAGGUUGCUUGCCUAUGCCAAAUAUGCAUUAUAUGGUCUUUCCCCAAAGUUGAAUCAUCAAUCUGACUCUACUGUAAAAGUUCUAUUAUCCAGAUUCAAGACAAAUGUUAGUUAUCUUCGGUUAAGGCUUGUUCUUGAUGUACUGGAGCUGCUUUCUUGGAUGGAGAAGGUCAGGCAUUUUCUCUGGACCUUGCCUAAAAGCCUGAAUGUUUGUCUCCAUCUUGCUGCCUGCAAUCUUAAAAGGUGCUUAGGUGCAUCUUCCGUGGUCUGAGGGAUAUUAUGAAGCUGCUGAUCUGCUUACUGAUUGCUUUGACCGGUAUUUUCACCUCUUUGAGUUUGGAUACACGUACAAAAAUCAUUCAUUUCUGGUUAGGGAUCAAUAAGAUUUUGGGUGACCAUAUAUAUUGUCAUCUUUCAACUGAGGGAACCCCUUUUCUGGUUGUAUUUGCCACUUAAUUUAGGCAUUAGCCAAACCUUGUGAUUUUUGCAUAUGCCCUAGGUUUUGAUUUUGUUGUUUGUUCGUGUAUAUAGUAUGGUUGAGAUUCAUCUCUAAAAGACAUUAUAUUUAUGUAUGGAUGUCAUAAAACUAGAAAGGAGUUCCCUUGGAAGAACAAUGGUCCGAUCUUUGUUGUUUUCUCCUUUUGUAGCUUGCUUCAUUUUAUGCAGA